CAAAUGGUAAAUCAGUUGUGAUAUUUAACAGUCACGUAUACCUAUUAAAGAACACCAUACAUAGAAGUCAGAAGAACUCUAAGAACCCCAUAUUUUGUAUAUUACAGUUGCACAUGUAAUAAGAAUAUUUUUUAUAAAGUAAUACUAAGGCAAUUAUGGACAUUAGGGAUUUUUACAGGGAAUGUGACGUCUUCGUAACAGGCGGCACGGGAUUUAUGGGUAAGGUUCUGAUUGAAAAGUUAUUAAGAUCGUGUCCCGGUAUUGGAAAAAUGUAUUUACUAGUAAGAGAACGGAAAGGAAAAGAUGUGAAAACCCGAAUUAAAGAAAUGAUCGAUUUACCACUGUUUGAAAAACUCAGAAACGAAAAGCCCGGGUUGGCCGAAAAGAAAUUAUUCCCUAUUGAAGGGGACAUAACUGAACCUCAAUUGGGUUUGUCCGACGUCGACUACCGGAUGCUAUCCGAGAACGUUUCGGUCGUGUUUCACGCAGCAGCCACGGUACGAUUCGACGAGCCACUCCGAGAGGCGAUUAUCAAGAACGUCAGAGGCACCAGGGAAGUCGUUCAGUUAGGAAAGCAAAUGAAGCGCCUUAAGGUGUUUUUGCACGUAUCGACGACAUACUGUAACUGUAAUAGGAUUUAUGUGGACGAGAAAUUUUACCCAUCCCCUGUGGGCUGGCAGGACGCAAUUUCCAUAGCCGAGAAUCUAGACCCAAAGUUGUCGGAAAUUUGCGCAAAAAAGUUUUUGGGAAAUUUUCCAAACACAUACACGCUAGCAAAAUUAAUUGCUGAACAAAUAAUUGAUGAGGAAAAGUUCAACAUGCCAAUGGUUAUAUUCAGACCAUCUAUCGUUGUGUCUUCAUUGCGAGAUCCAAUAAGUGGAUGGAUUGAUAACCUCAACGGACCAAUUGCACUUAUGACAGCAUGUGGUAAAGGCGUUACUCUAGUAACGUUAGCUCAUAAAAAUAAAACUCCAGACUUUAUUGCAGUUGACGUGUCGAUUAAGGCUAUGAUUUUAGCGGCAUAUCAACGUGGAAUUCACAACACCCCACUAGACAACAAUCUGCCAAUAUACAAUUGUUCGUCCGUAAAAAAAUCUAUAAAGGUUAAUGAAAUUUUGCAACUUGCUGUGAAAUACUUCAUGAUUAAUCCAUAUGAUGAAAUGCUAUGGCGUCCUAGAAUUUUGGUAACAAGUUCCGUGUUACUGUUUACAGUUUUGUCCUUAUUGCAACAAGUAUUUCCGGCCAUGCUUAUUGAUUUUGCAAUGAAAGUCUCAGGAAAAAAACAUUCUGUGAACUUGACGAAACUACAACGGAAAAUAUAUUUAGCGACAAUAGCAUUGUCAAGAUUUUCUACAAAAUCGUGGAUUUUUGAGAAUAACAAUUUUUUAAAAUUACUAAACCACAUACCGGAAGUAAAUCAAGAGGAUUUCAAUUUUAAAUUUGAAAAUGAAGAUGUAGACAAAUUUUUCCAAAACAGCGUUAUCGGAACCCAAAAGUAUCUAUUCAACACAAACCCACACAAAAACUUACAAGCUAAAAAAACGCUUAAAAAACUGGUUUGGAUGGAUCGAUUUUUGAGGACCUUAUUCUUUCUUGGAAUCUUAAAGCUUAUAGCAAAGAUUGUCACCCACAAAAUGUCUUCCUUUUAAUACAAUCUUUUUAGAGAGACCUAUCAUAAUGUUUAAAAAAUAUUUUAACUAAUAAAGAUUACAAUGAAAUAAAUAUUUAAAAUGUUUGUAAUUGGUAACAAAAAUAAUCGACACAGUUUAAUAUGCCUCAUUUGUUUGCUAUAUUUAUCAACAACAUUUAACAAUUCCUACUUAUUCCUGUUCGAUUUAUAUUCAUUGUAUAAUUAGUUUAUAUUCUUUAUUAUUGUACAUUUCUCAUUUAAUAUAGCUAUACAUUUAU